CUGAUGCGCCCCGCGAGCCAUGGACCUCCACGUUGAGACGAAACAUGUCACGACCGACGUCAGCCUUCACGUGCCGCCUCGCCACAAGAGCCAUGUGCACGAGGCGCCACUGGUUAUGCCGCAAUGGGACAACGACGACAGCUCCGACGACGACGACGGCCCUUCGCCAUGCGAUAUGGACAACGAAGCAAGCCAAGACGACGACAACCAACCCUCUCCUCCAUUGGAUCCCGUCGCGUUCAACUGGGACGGCGUCGGGGAUAUUCAAGCUCUCCAGCUCAAAAACUCGGAACUGGUUGCCACGAUCAAAGACUACAAGCACCAAGUGACAGAGUACGGGCUCUGCUUGAUAUCCUUCUGCGGUUUAUGCGUUUGUAGGCUUCAGUUGAUGCUGGAGGCAAUGGAGCCGAUCCCUGGCCUCGACGUGAAUUCCCUACGAGACGUGCUCCAGGGAGCCGAAGUCGUCGACCACGAUAUUCGCGAUGUGAAGAUCGUCCAUCAAGCCAAGAAACUGCGGCAGGCGAAAAUCGCCCUGAACAAAGAAAAGGUCAAAGGCGCGGGGGCGAGCGGUCGCAUUGCUGAGCUGGAGAAGCAGCUCCACGACGCUGAAGAGAACUAUCACAAGAGCCAACGACUCGUGCAUAAACUGCAACUCGGGGAGAAGCCCGAGCCAAAGCCCGAGGCCACGACGAACACAGUGCCACUCAAGAAGUUCGAAGACUUGCGUGUGAAAUACGAAGCCGCCACUAUCGAGCUCAAGAAGACACAGCGCGCCCUCCAGCGGGAAGUUGGGGACGAUGUCCCUCUCGCCGACGUCCUUGACGGUGAGGGAGGCAAACGUGGCCGGGCACAGCAAAUCGUCAUGCUGAAGGCCAAAGUGAAGAAGUUGGAGAAGGAACUCCAGUCGCGCUCGGAGCCAGACACGGGAGUUGACGCGAAGGCCGAAGUCGAGUUGUUGGCGCUUAAAGUUGACAAACAAAAGCUCCUCGACCAAGCCGUGGCGGACCUGGACGCCUUCAAAGACGCCAACGACAAACUGAGCCGAAAGUACGAUGCGCAGAAGGCCCGAUUGCACACGCUCGAGAAAGACGCGACCAAAAACAAGGCCAAGAUCUCGGUGCUGUUGGACAAGUCCAAGAACGACGACUCGCUCAUCGAUGCCCUUCAAAACGAAAUGGACGGUCUCCGUCGUCAAGUCACGUCCAGUGGGGUUUCCAAAGAGCAAUGGCACCGAGCCCGCACAGCUGACAGCAGCAUCCUCACGGACGCCGCCGCGAUGGACGCGUUGCGCACCACCUGCGCUGAACAGAAGCGCCAGCUCGCACACCAAGCAGCGACGAUCGAGUCGUUUCGACGGGACUUGCAGCAAGCGGAAAAACUCCAAUCGCAUCGAGUUGGUGGCAAUCAUGGCGACGCGGCUACCGGCAAUCAUUCCCUCGCGAUUGAAAAGGAGCGGCUCGUGGAGCUCGUCAAGUCUCUCCAGCAACAGCUUGAUGCGAAAAAGGCUGACCCGCCGCCACCACCGCCAAAGCAAGAACCUCGUUCGCGCCUUCCGCGCCUCACGCCGGACUUGUCCGCUGACGUCGACAAGUUGCGACGGACCAUUGAGGUGAAGGACGAAGAGAUUGCAACGUGGAAGGAGGCGUACGAACGAGCAACAACUGCUGCUGCACGGACCACUCCAUCCACGAUGUCAAAUUCGCGCCUUGUCGCGGACCUUGAAGAAGACAACGAGCGCCUUCGAAGCCAGGUGGACGAGUUGAAAAGACAAGUCGCUCUGGGCGAGCAUCACCGCAAACAUGCCGCAUAGCAUUCGUUGAGAGCGAUCUCCAACAUGGCUAGAUGAAACGUAGUUAUCGUGCAUAAGACCACGUUGACGAAGACGUGGGUGCUGUGGACAAUGGGGCUUGGUUCUUGUUCACGUGGUCACGAAUUGCAGCCUCCAAGAUAUGGCGGUCGGAGAGCACCCGCUGACGAGCUCUUCCGACCAACGAAUCGCGCUCGUUAUCUUCCAUGGCUUGGAUCUGAGCCAGCACUUCUUGCAACGUGUGGAGCUCUUGUGUCAACAGAACAUUCUUCUGCUGGGCUAACGUACUCUGAGCCUGGUACUCAUGCAGCUCGCCCUGUAGUGUUCGCAUGGCUGUAGCACAGUCACUCUUGAUAGCGUCCCUCUGGGCUUUCAAUUUGUCGCGGUCGGCCUUCCAUCGGCCUUUGACCUCGCGCACCUUGAGCUCCAAAGCCUUGAUGGUCUUGUUUCUCUCGUCAAGGCAAGCUUGGUGCUGUGUUUUGAGUGCGUCAGCCGCCACUUCACACUCCCAAAGGCGUUUGUCAUGCCCACUCUUCCAUUUUUGCUUCUGCAGUUCAACUUGGUCGAGUUGGCACUCCAGGGCUUGUGCGUGCGCCUUGGUUUCGUCAUGGACUGCUCGAAGAUGAACUAAUUCUUGCUGUAAUGGCGCGAGCUGGGCUGUGUGAUGGUGCCGGGCCGAUUCGAGCUCGUGAGCUAAUCGAUCCCGCUCGUCGUUUGCGCACUUCAGCUGCCCUUGCAUGGUGUGGAUGGUGCUCUGUUGCUCAUCAAGUCGGCGCUUAAGUUUCUUGUGUUCUUUAACCAACGUUUGAUAUUCAGCUUCGAAGGUUGGCGCAAGUGGUUGUGGCAUCGGGGCCAUGGGUGGAAGCUGUGGUGGUGGCGGUGGUUGGCGUAAUUUCUCUUCUGCAAGGGCUAGCGCGCGCUGGAGAACACUCUUCUCAUUCGCCUCGACGUUUAACUGGUGCUGCAUGAAUUGUAAUUUGGCAGCUGUUUCACGCUCUCGCUCGGCGUGGUUUCGUUCGGUCGUCUUGAGCAACUCCGUCGCAGUUGUGAGCUGCUGGUGGAUGCAUUCGGUGUACUCCUUGUCUUGCUUCAAGACCAUCACGUGGGUCUCUACUUUGGCUUCGCAUUCAGCCACCUUAGUGAGAAGCUCUGCCUUGUCCUUUUCCAGAGAUCGAAUGAUUGCUAUUGCACAGGAAAAUGAUCAUGGACCCCAAGUGAAUACACGUGGUACUCUGUUGUGCUGCAACGUCCAUUUCAUGCCGCUGCAGCUGCAGACUGACUUGGGUAUUGAGUUCGCCCAACUGACUGCACAACAGCUCAUAGUUGUGUUUGUACUUCUCCAGGGUUCGCACCCGAAGCGCGAGCACCUCGGCGUUGCUGCCCGCGACCAUUGCGCUUGGCAU